AUGAAGCUUUUCUGGCUCUUAAGUUUUAUCUCACCCCUUGUUGUCGCGAAGUCGGGAGUCUUCUACAAUCCACCGACAGGAGGCAAAAUUCAUGACUACACAAAAAACCCUGUUUAUACACUUGGCCAAACAUUGCAAAUGCGAUGGACAACUACCCUGGCCUCUUUCUCUAUCCUGCUAUGGCAAAAUGAUAACGCAGACUAUGAAUGGGUUCAAACCGAUAUAAGCAACCUGACCUCCUAUGACUGGAUUGUUUCGACAAAUCAGAACCUCAGUAACGGCAACGUCUUCUUCUUCCAAAUACGAAAUGCCUCCAACCUUGAGGACCAAGAUGAACUCUUUGCCAGCCACUAUUUCAAUAUUACGGAGAAAUCCUCGACUGCGACGAUGUCUCCCAGUACUUCGACCACGCAAGGAGCAUUUCAAAGAUCGGCGGAAUCAAAAAGCUCUUCUGUCCCUUUAGUUGCAUCUCCAACAAUAACGACCACAUCUCGGGCUCUUUCCACGGAAACAGCUAUAGCCACAAACAGGAGCAACACUGGACAUCAUGGACUUUCAAUAGAUACAAAAGUCGGCAUAGGUGUUGGUGCUGGAGCAGUUGGUAUAUUGGUUUUUGCGGGCGGGCUUUUUUUCUGUCUUCGCAAAAGAAAGUUAGAAUCAAGCCAAGUUGAUGGUAGCCAGCUCAAUACAAAUUUGUUCCCUUCGGCGGAUAUUGUUGAUUUCAGCGAUGGAAGAACCGACGAGAGACCGGCCAUGAUAUUUGAGGCCCCUGGAAAUCUGGCUCCCAACGUUUUUGAGGCCCCUACAUACGAUCAACGGCGCGUUUUCGAGGCUCCCAUGAAUGAGAAAAAGGCAAAUUUUUGA